AAACGCCACGUGGGUUUGAGAGUCUUGGAAUCUCAGAGGCUUUUCCAGAGUGUGUCCAAUGCGGGACGAACACGAUUACAAAUUACAGGGACGCGUGCUAAUCGUCGAUUGGAGAUCGUAUCCAACUUGUCAACGUCAUCAUUAGUCGUCAGUGAGUGCGAGCUCCAGAGGAGCGGACAGGUGAGGAUCGGUAUGGUUACCGUACCGUAACCCUCCUAUGCCUUAAUCAAUCAGAAAUUGCACAAUUGUUGGCCUUUCAUCGAGUGGAUCGAAGUUGAUAAUGACACUGAUACUGAUAUUGCACGCUCUGCGCCCCACACCACUUGCCUCUCUGAUUUCGCGCUAGGCCCAACGGCACCUGCAGAACAGAAGUCGAUUGGAGCCCCCCUUUUCCCCAUUCCCCAUUCCGAUAUGUCGGUGGUGGUAUGCCGGUUACCCGAUUCCCCAAUUCCCCAAUUCCCGACUCCCGAUUAAACGAUCGCUCGGAUCUUCGGCUACCGUUUGGCGUCGGUGUCGGCUUCGGCUUCGGUUCUGUUCGACUUCUGUUUUGGAAGUGCGAAUUGUAGGCGUGCUGCCAUGGUGGCACGGAUGGCAGACGGCGGGAAACCAUAAACCCAUUAUCGUUAUAUUGCUUGUACGAUUUGGGGGUCCCACGACUGUAAAAUCUGAUUUCUGUAGACGUGUCGUCGCUCGACUUGAACCGAUUCGAUAUGGGCGACUGGGGAAUGGGAGCUCGAACUAGAACUAAAACUGAGAUAAGACCUCUGGAGAAGACGCCGCCUCUCUCCGUCUCUCUUAGAGGGCUGCCCAGGUAGCAGGCAACGUGGCGAGGGGGGUGGGUUGUAGCCGAAAGGGGAAGAAAACUAAAAACUGAAAACUGAUAAUUGUGCAACGUACACAAACCUUGCUCGAGUUAUCAGUUGGAGUGACAACCGGAAAUUAAAGUUGAAAUCGACACGAUUACUUCAUUAGCUCUGUUUCGGGUCGUGUGUCGGGUGUGUCAGGGGUUAGCAAGGUCACCCUGGGAGCUGCUCUCCUCUCAGAGGAGCCAUAACUAACCAAUUAGCAAUUUGCCAGCGGUAGCAGGCGUAGCCAGGCACCUUCUCUCGUGGGGGGAGCGUGGGUGGAGCGUGGGCGGUGCGGAGUGUGCCAAGGUGAAACGCAAUCAGCAACAGAAGCAGAAGCAAAAGCAGAGCUGAGCAGAGAAACUGCCAAAGCCAAAGACUUGGGGCCCAAUUCGAUCAGGUGCAAGCGACACGGACAAAGCCAGAGACAGAGACAGAGACAGCGACAGAAACGGAGAGGGCCGAGGGCCACGUAGUCAGGGCGAGGGAUGAGCGGAGCUCCGUGGAGAUGUCAUUGGCGCGAACUUUGACUAAAGUGAAGGCGUAGAUGUAGACAGAAACAGAGUCAGAACAUCAGCGAAUAUGCCAAGGAAUGUCAAAAGAAAUGACUCUGACUGGAAAGGAUGGAUGAGUGCUCCAGCUCCAGUGCCAGCUCCAGCUCCAACGACUGCUCUUGCCUCAGUCCAAUGCCCAUCCCAGGCCGGAGUCGCACUUUACUGCAAAUGCAAAAACUUUAGACAGGGAAUCAAUUGUUUUUGCCUUGUUUUAUUUCACCCAAGCCCAAGACACGCAACAACAAUGGAAACAAUGGAAGAAGUAAACUUUUCCUUAUAUUCCGAUAUCCGCUGGACAGAUUUCCUGGAAAUGGAAUCAAAUAAUAAUCCUAACCAGAGGUUUGAUGAAUAGAAAUAUGAUAUUCAUUUUUAUGGGAUUGUAUGAUUCUUUGCUACCCUUCAUUACAAAUGUGAGAUCAGCGGAAUUUGUGAAUAGAUCUUAUAGCAUAGAUGGCGCGAAUACCAUACCACCCUCGACAUUUACGAAUCCGAGGGUAUGACUAGCGUUGGGAUUGGGGGGUGGAGAGUGUAACUAGCAACAAAUGGGCGGUCGGGGGCGUGACAACAACCGUGAAAAGAACUUGAGGAUGACAGUUAUGGGUUACAAAGGCAAGGAUUGAAUCAAAUAAAUAAGCGCGCAAGGUUCUCGUCUCGUCAUGUCAGGGGUCGGAUUGGAUCCAGGGGUUGAAUGGGAUUCGAUUGAACGGGUUACAUGGCCUGUGUGUCGGUGUUGGUGUUGGUGUGGGUGUGGGCGGGGGUGGUAACCUUACCACGUCCACGUCCACAUCCACGUCCACGUCCAUGUCAAGUUUGCAUGUGGCUGCAGGUAAUUCUUCAUUUCAUGCCGUUGUUUCGUUGCCUGUCCUCCUGCCCUUUACAUAAUCACAAUAAAUAAAUGAAGGAAUGAAGCGGCGAAUGGCGAAUCUAUUAGCAUAACAUCGCAUAAGACGUGUCCUGCUCGGGCUCUAGCUGUGGCUCUCAGAGUUUCCGAAUCCGAAUCAGUUGCAGUGGAGUCGCUGAGGCGUGAUGAACGUGUGGAAGGCAAAGGUGCUCACGGAGGUGCCCUUCGGGCAUGUGCUCGUCGUCAGUGGACGCGUCAAGCCACAUCCCAAUAAAAUCUCCCUGGACCUUACGGACAAUGUAAACGCGCAGAACGAGAGCGAGACGGUCUUCCUGAAGAUCGAGGCCAACUUCCGGGAGGGCCAGAUCAUCCGGAGCAUGUUCCAGCCCGGCGAGGGAUGGCAGCAGGAGGAGAUCUCCAAGAACUGGAAAAGCGAUGGUCCCAAGAACCCCCUGAUACCCGGCCAGAGUUUCACCUUCCGCGUGGCUGUGCUCCAGCGCUGCUUCGAGAUCUACGUGAACGAUCAGCUGUACGGAUCCUUCGAGUUCGUCAAGUUCCCCAAGCAAAUCAACUAUGUGCGAGCCUAUGGCGACUUCGAGAAGAUCACCCAGUUCCACCACCGCAUGCUGUUUCCCCUGGUCUUCCCGCGCACCCUCAUGUGCCCCGACCGCAUCGCCUUCCAGAGCGACGUGCCCCGCCGCUACGAGACGGGCACCGUCGUGGCCAUGGAGUGCAUCGCCAAGGGUCCACCCACCACGGAAUUCUCCAUCUGUUUCCAAUGCAACGACACCGGACGCACUGUGCUCCGCUUUCAGGUGAACUUUGACAGAACGACCGUCUCCCGGAGCUACCAGCGCGAGGACAACAGCUUUGCCAGCGACGACGAGGAGACCGAGGGCGAGUUCCCAUUCGUGCGGGGCAAGCUCUUCAAGAUCGCCUUUGGGCUCGGGGAUCGCGCAUUCCUGAUCGCCGUCAAUGGACAGUACUUUACGUACUACAACUUCCCGGUGCGCCCCUUCUCGAUAUCCACCCUCAAGUGCUUCACCAAUGACGUGGGCGACUUUGCCGUCAGGAGCCUGGAGUACCACUCCGAUUCCCCGCUACUGGCCCGCGUAGAGAAGCUAUCCAUCAUCUAAUGGGAGAUCGGCUUGGAUCGGAUCUUUGUUCAAUCGUUGGCUUUGAUAUUCCUGUAGAGCACCAGUUAACCUUCUUCUUGUGAGCAUUCAAAUAAAGCAAAGUCAACAAUCGAUAGCGUAGGUCCACUCUUAGGACUAAUCGGAUCUAUGCAAUCGAUCUAUUUAGUCGUUGAAAAUUCGGAACUAAGCCGAUCACUACUUAAUAAAUAAAGCAAAUCCUUACUCGA